UGUUUUUAUUUACAAGGGUAAUUAGUUUAAUUACCCUUAUAAUUUAAUUAAUUUGUUUGUAGAUCGGGUUUAGUAGUUGUAAAGAUAUUAAAUAUUUACGACGCAUCUCACAUGUCUGCUAAACUAUUGUCUGUGAAUUCCACAUUAAAUAUUAAUGAUGAACAAAAUUGGUCAAAAGUGAAAGAUAAAUCUAAUCUCAUAGAAUUCAAGUUAAAGUCAUUUUAUGCAGACUAUAAUUCUAGGUAUAUUUCAAAUAAACCAAAUAUAUUUAAACAAUAUUGUAUUGGAUUUUUGUAUUGUAGAAUUAUCCACAAGGAGCCUAGCAUUGGGGAUAUAGUUGCAGUAUUGUCGGAAACAAAAACCGGAAAUAUAAUGAAUUCUGUAUACCUACGGGGAAUCAUUUUAAAUUUAAAUGACACACAAACUAUGGACCCAAAAGUGACCGUUAAACUAAUAGAUCAAGGGCGUGUUGAAAUUGUAUCAGUAAAUGACAUUUAAUUUUAUUAUAUUGUUGAAUAAUUUUUAUUGAUAUUCUAAAAGUAUUUUAAAUUAUGGUAUUUAGAAAUCGAAACUAUUUGUAUUACCCGAUAUGUUAAAAAGUAUAGAAACAGAUACUGUAGAUAUAAUUUUGGCAUCUGUGAAACCAAUUGACAAUGAUAAAUCAUGGUGUAAUUAUGCUAACUUUGCUGUUAAAAAGCAAUUCAAAUAUUUUGAAGAGUGUGGUGAUACUGUUAUUGUCAAGGUGAGAUAUUUUCCAUAAAAUGUCUUUAUGCAAAAAUUAUUUUAACAUAUUUUUAGGUUAAAAUGACACUGGAAAGUACCAUAUGGGCAAAAUCUAUAUACAGAAAAUAUUGGGAUACUAAAUUGAAAUCAUAUACUAUUGUGGAAAUUUUACCAGCCUUGUUGCUUAAUACUGGUUAUGCUAAUUUAAAUUUUGAUCAUAUAGAAACAAUAAAAGAACUUAGUAUUUCAGCUGGUAUUAAUACUCCCGCUCCUAUUAGCUUAUUACAAAAUCAUGACCAAGAAAAAACUAAAAAUUGUAAUUUUAACUAUUCAUUUUAUGUAUAUGUACAUAAUCUGUAUUUUAUUUUAUAUAUUUAAUAAAAAUAAUAAAUUAAUUUUCAGAUAAAUUUGGAUUAAAAGAAUAUAUGUCAUUUUACAAGUUGCCUCAACCUCAAUGGGCAUAUUUUGAUGAAGAUUGUACUUGUGUUUCUGUUGAGCAUAUUUGUGAUCCAAAAACAUUUUUUGUGCGAAACAUCAAAUACUUAGAUCUGUAAAUAAUUGUAAAAUUGAGUAAACAAUUUAAAUAUAGUGGUUAAUACUAUGAUAUAAAAAUGCAAUUUUUGUUUUACAAAGUUUAUUUUCAUUCUUGUUGAAAAUUAACAUUUUUAAAUACUAUCAUAAUGAUAUUUAUUAUUUGUGUUUUAGAUUUUGUGAAAUUCAAAAAAAAAUUGAAAAUUAUGUUGAACAAAAACUAGUACAAACGUUACAGUUGACACAUAUAGUUGAAGAAGCAAUUUGUUUAGCUAAAUAUAGAAGUACAGAUAAGUAAUAAGAAUUUUCAAUUAAACAUAGUCUAAUUUUAUUGUGAUCUAUUAUAAUUAUUAUGAUAAAUUUAUUAUCAAUCCUUACUCCUCCAGUUUAAAUUCUAAACCCAUUAUAAUUAGAGCAGAUAUUUAUGUAUCCUAAAAACCUAUUAAAUAUGUAAAUUAAUAAUUAAUGUAUGCUAAUUAAAUAUUAUUUAUUUUUCAAAUUCUAAACAAAAAAAUGUUUUAAGUUUCACUUUUUUUAUUUUAAAAAAAAGUUAAUUUACAAUAAUAAUAGUUAUUACAACUAAUAUAACUCCGAUUGGUAUAAACCACGACUGAUAACUUAAGAAAAUCAAAUAACCAAGACCAAAAUAUAUUAUAAAAUGUAUAAAUUAUAAAUUAUUUGAUAUUUAAAUAAAAAAAUAAUGAGAAUGUGAAAAAAUAUAAAAAUAUAUUUGAAUUUUACAUUUAAAUUAAUUAAAAUCAUUGAUUAUUGCAGCACAUUAUUAUUGUAUAAUUAUUUUUUAACUGUUGAUAAUGAUAAACUGUAUAUUUUCCACAUUAAGUAGUUCAAAUAAUAUCCAUUAGUAACAAUUGUUUCACUUUAAAUUGCAAAUAGUAAAUAUUAAAUAGUAAAUCUAGUUUUAAUGUUUUGCGCAUACAUAUAUUUAACAUUAUUGAAAGAAUAUUGUUUACGAAUCUGUUUUGCAAAGAGGUUUUACUAUCUGAAAAUCAAAAGUUAAUCGCUUAAUGUAAAAGGAAAUAGGUAAAAUAGUUCAAAAAAUUGUUAAAAUAACUGAUUCCAUAAUGGUAAAAAAAUUAUAAUUUAAAUUUAAAUUAAAAAUUGUAUGGGUAAAUUAUUUUAGCAUGAUAAAAGAAUCAUCUUGCAUAUUAUGAGCUUAUAAUUAAUAUUUAUUAUGUGUCACAGGUACUAUAGAGUUAAAAUAAUUGGUACAUCGAAUACACUUGUCGAUGUUAUAUAUGUCGAUUUAGGUGAAAUGUAUGAAAUCCAACCAAAUUCAUUGCUUACAAUACAUCCUGACUUGGUUGUACAGUUACCAUUCCAAGUAAAUGUGAUACUUUGAUGGAUUAAAUCAUUUUAAACCAAUAUAUAUAUUAUAAGUGUGUGCAAAUGUAAAAUAUAUUAAUACAAUUUAUUUUCUAGGCAAUAGAAUGUAGUUUAAGUGGCUUUAAGAAUGAAAAACUUACAGAGAACAUACUCAACGAACUAAUUAAUUUUUUUUUUGACUUGACAGACAAUUAUAUGAGUUUAAAAGUAUGUAAAUUACCUAAUCGAACAUAAUCUCUAAGAGACCAUGACCCGGAACAGCCUGUCGUCAAAUUUAUGAAUAAUCUAUGUGCUUGUUGAUAUCUAUUUUAUUUAUUUUAGAUUUUUUUUAAAUCUUUAACUUUUUAAAUUUUUAGGUUGUCAAUAAUGUUGGAUUAGCGGAAUUAACUGGUGGCAAUCAUUACGAAGUGGUUUUAUACAAUAAAGAUUUUGUUGUAAAUUUAGAGCUGCAGAGUAAAUUCAGUCAACAUUGUGACGAUAUUCAAAUGUCUAAAUUAUCAGAUAUUGUCAACUACACACCAGAUACUUUAAAUGCAGGUACAAUUUUAAAUCCAGAUAACAUUUUAGAUGAAGAUUUGACUGGUGAAUCGUGUUCAGUACAUAUGCAGCUUUUUGAAGAACUGGGACUUUUAAAAUGGGUAAACUAAUCAAGUAUUGCUUAUAUCUGUAUUAUGUUAUACGUCUUAAUAACUGUAAUAUUAAAAAAAAAAAAAAAUUUAAUCGACUAUUGUAAAUUAUUUUCAGUUUAAUUUGAAAUGGGAGGAAAAUACUUUAUUGGCAAUUGAUGAAAACAUACAAGAAAACGAUUUAAAAGAAGAAAAAGAAAAAGAAGAAGAAGAAGAAGAAUCAAUUAAAACAAAAAUUGAAACCAAAAAUGAAAAUGCAAAUAGCUAUAAAUUUGUUGAGACAGUUGAAAAAAUUAAACCUGUUGAUUUAGCACUGCCUGAAAAACCAUCUAACUCAAAAAUCACCAAAUUGAAACCACGUAAAACCAAUAAAGUUAUUUGUUUGACGUGCAAUACUAAUUUACAAUCAAUUACACCCAUUUGUAUUUGGUAUCAAGUUGAAAAUAAUAUUUAUUUAAAAUUUAAUAUCCUUAAAAUCGACAAUUUCCGUAUCAACUAUACAGACAAUUGUUUGUUGUUCAAGUAAAGACUAUUUUUAUAUUGUACACAUGUAAAACAAAUGUUUUAUUAUGGUGAAUGUUUAAUUUUAAGUGCAAAGUUUGAUGAUCUAACAUAUAAUUUUACUGCUAAGCUGUUUGGAUUGAUUAUUGAAAACUCUAUUACACACAAAAUAACUUACGAAGGGUUUCAUAUUAAAGCUGAAAAACAAUAUCAAAUGAGUAUGUAUAUUAUAAAUUAUUCAACACUAGGUUGGCUGGGUAAGCUCAACGUAUUAAUAUAAGUAUUCUAAAUAUAUUCUGGGUCGAAUCAAAAUAGUUUUAUUUUGAUUUGUUGCUGAAUCAUACUAGAAUUUUAAAAUUAAUUUUUUAAUAAACAAUGUUAUCUGAAUAAAUGCUUUUAAUAAUUAAUAAGAUUGUGUCACUUGUGACAUUAAAAUAUAAAGACUUAAAGUUUUAUUACGUUAUCUGCAAUCAUUUUUUCAAAUUAAGAUUAUUUGUGUUUUUAUAAUGUGAAAAAUUGAACUAUCAUUGUUAAAAAUCUAAUGAUCUAGUAAAACAAUCUAGCUAUUUUAUUUAUACCCUAAUAACCAACUAUAAAAGUGCUAAUAUUUAGUUAGUAAUAUUAACAACUUCCUAUUUCUACUAAAAUUUUGUCAGUGUAUAUAGUUGAAAACUAGAUAAUUGUAUUGUCUUUAAAUCCUAUAUUACAAAAUCCACAAAAAAUGUAAUUUUUUAUUUCACUAUUGACAUGCACCAUAAGUUCUUGAAGUUCAGAUUAGUGACAAAAUGAAAAUGUUUAGUUUAGGUCUAUUAAGAUGGUAAAUAAUCAAUAUUUUUUCAUUGUAAAAUAAUUAAAGUAUUUGCUAUUUGUUUAGAAUAUAAAUGGCCACGGUUGUUCAAUUGUAAUAAGUGGCAUAAGUAUUUGAUGUACGAUCCAGAGCAUUUAGAAAUCAAAUAUAACAGAACAUUACAAAUAAGAAGUAUAAUAAUUCCAAGUUUUUUUAUUAUUAAAAUUAGUUAUUAUAUUGUUAUUUAUGUAUACAUAUUGUAAUGGGAUUUUUUUUUUUUUUUUUUUUUUGUAGCCAUCAAUAAGUAUAAAAUGUUGGCCACAGGAUCUUCUAUGAUUUUGGAUUCAAAGAGUUCAGAUUCAGAUACAGAUGAUGAUGAUUUUAUUGGCGUGGUAUGCGAAGAUUAAACAUAUAUUCUUUAGUAUCUUGCAUUAUAAAUUAACCUUUUUUUUUUUUAUCAUUUUUAUUGAUUUUGUUUAGCUUAUUUAAUUUAAAAUACAAAAUACAAUCAAUUUUGAAUAAGAUGUAAUUAUUUGUUUUACAUAUUAUUUCAAUCCUUUUUACUUUUACUUGUUACAAAUUUACAUUUUAUUAUAAAGAAGUGUUUCUGUGUGUGCAUGUAUAUCUGUGAUUUUACUACAG